ACCAGGGCUCUGAUAAUUUAUUUCUUUUAUUUAUCACAAUUAAAUUUAAUCAGCAAUUCCUGGCAACGUUCAAAAUGAUUUCUUGACCCACAAAUUCGGUUUAAAAUUAAUAAUAUCAAAAUAUUGUGAAAUGAGAAUAAUUUCAUUGAAAAUUGCGGGGAGAAAUUGGGAUGGGGGAUCGAUUGACGGUGCAGUUCGCCUCCCCCGGCGGAGGGUGAAAGAUGCAGUAGCUGGACAACGACACGCAAAACAGGAGACGGUUCGCAGGAAGCUUUCGCGGGACGAUGUGAGGUUGCACCGAGACGCAGACAGGGUGCUGAAGGAGAAUGUGAAGGUCGGGUAGCGGACCCUGAGGUCGCACGCACGCACCCUGCUGCACACGACAGCAACUCUCGUCCACCGCCAGUCUGAAUUGAAAUAUGCCUGCCGAUGACUACUCAUCAGCCAUCACCAUUGUUUGUUCCAUCACUAAUGCGGCCGCUGAUCAUCUACAAGAACCUGCGGCCCACCAGAGCCAAGCUGGCCCUGGCCGUCUUCGUCCUGUCCGUCGUGUCGUUGGUCCUGGCGCUGCACACACUCUGCACCGCAAAAACGCAAGUUUUCAUUUACUCGUCGGAAACAUCGAUCUACCUGAACUCGGAUAAGUCUCUGAUACGGACGUCGCUCGAGCAGCACGAGCAGCAGCGGCUGAUCCAAGAGGUGGGCAACACGGACUUCGAGUCACCGCGGGCCAACCAACGGCCCCACCGCCGUCUGCCGCAUGUGCUCAUCAUCGGGGUGCGGAAGUGCGGCACGCGGGCCCUCCUCGAGAUGCUCAACCUGCACCCCCGCAUCCAGAAGGCCAGCGGCGAGGUACACUUUUUUGACCGCGACGAGAACUACCUCAAGGGACUCGAGUACUACCGCUCCAAAAUGCCAGAAUCGUACGAGCAUCAGAUCACCAUCGAGAAGAGCCCCAGCUACUUUGUCACCUCGGAGGCCAGCGAGCGCAUCAGAGCCAUGAACGCGUCUAUUAAACUGCUCCUCAUCGUCAGAGAGCCAGUCGUCAGGGCCAUAUCAGACUACACUCAGCUCAGAUCGCACAGCCCAACUCGUAGUCCAUCCAACGCGUCUUCGCCGAGCAGAGAUAUGAGUUUUGAAGAGUUAGCCCUGCGCCCAGACGGCACCAUCAACGAGUCCUACCGGCCCAUCGCCCUGUCAAUUUACCACAGCUACAUGUCCAUCUGGUUGGAAACGUUUUCACGCCACCAAAUUUUGAUCGUCAGCGGCGACACCUUGAUCGCAAGGCCGGCCACAGAACUCGCCAAAAUCGAGUCCUUCCUCAACAUUGAACCCAGACUUGGACCCAGAAACUUCUACUUCAACAAAACAAAAGGGUUCUAUUGCAUAAAAAAUGCAUCGGCUGACAAAUGCUUGAAGGACACAAAAGGCCGGAGGCAUCCUGACGUGGACCCAGACGUCAUUUCCAAACUGCGUAGAUUCUUCAGUCUGCACAAUCAGAAGUUCUACGAGCUGGGUACAAAACUCAACAAAGUCUUAUCAUCAUGGAAAAGAUCAUAUUAUCGCUGAAACGCAAAAAUCAGUCCGAAAAACACAAACGCAAUCUUAUAUGUUGUAAAACGAGUGAUGCAAUCUCACACAAAUUUAUCGCUCUGUUCUGCAGACAAAAAACCAGACUUGAUUUUAAAAUAUUGGUUGUUGUCAAUACAAAAAUAUGUAAAGAUCAAUUCGAUGGACGCAACAAGUGAAGUCUUUCGUGAAUCGAAAACUGGAUGUAAAUUAAAGAGUAGAAAACAAAUAUUAAUAAAAGGAAGGAGCGAAUUUUGAAGAAAAUGAAAUCACUCGUGGGAAACAAAAGAGAGUUAUUUUUGCUCGAGAAGUUAGGUACCUCCUAGUUUAGUGUUAGUCAAACUUAAAUGUGUGAAGUUUUAAGUGUUGAGGGCUAAAUUUUUGCUGAGUGUUUGUUAAUGAUAGUAUUUAACUAGUUCAAUGCACACUUAAGACGACAAGCACUUGAAAUUUGAUGAAAAUAAA